AUGCCAAAGAUAGGCGCACAAGCUCAGCGGUUGGGAGCUUUGGCGGACAUACUCAAGUUCGUGGUUCGAUCCCCACCCACGCAACUCUCGAUCCCGGUUAAGGAGAGGGGGGUUGGGGUUAGCUUAACUUUGGUUGGACAGUUGACUUCAAUCUAUUGGUGGGAACUUAUGCCCAAGGAGAAGAGUGACACUACUGAACUAUUGUCUGACUCUACCCGAUUGGCUAUGCACGUGUGCGGAAAUUAUGCGAUUCAAAAGUACUAUUCUACUGAAAUAUUAGUGAACAAGCUUUUUGAAGACUUUCUCUGGAAAUAUGGAGACGAUGGCUGUGAAUGUUUACGGUUAAAGUAUCCAUAUAUAAAGAAGGCACGUGAUAAACCCAAGCUGUUAGGAUGGAGGAUAGUACAGACGGCUGUCGACUAUUCCUCCACCGAGCAACAACUAUCUAUUCUAGCAGAACUUCAUGGUUAUAUAAAUAAUAGGAAGACUCUCAGGUGUUUAUUAACACAAAUUCUGGAAAGUGGCCACGCAUGCCAAGUGAGCAUAUUUGAAAAUUUAAAGGGGAAGUUUUCGGCAUUGGCCAAGCAACUGUUUGGCUGUCGGUUCGUCCAGCAUGCUCUAGACUGCUUCCCAGUGGAGCUAUGGCGUUCUGUUGCCGACGAGCUCGUCUCAGAGACAGUGGCUCUUGUGCAAGAUUCCUAUGGCAACUACGUUCUUCAGCACCUGCUAGCCUGCACGAGGGAUGAAACGUAUCGCGACGCGAUCAUUUGCAAGUUAGAAGGCAAGUUCUCUGAGUUAAGCCAACAUAAGUUUGCAAGCAACGUAGUGGAAAGUUGCUUAUUGCACGGCAAUCUUUUUCACCAUGAAAGUAGUAGAGGUGACUUUAACGAAUCGCUUUUCAACAUGAUGAAACACGAGUACGGAAAUUACGUGGUUCAGGUUUACAAACCACAACUACUUUUCCUUUGCAAAAAAAUUUUGCUUAUUGAUAACAGACAAUGA